AUGAAGUAAAAAGCAUAGUUAAAUCAUAGUAAAAGAUACGAUACUCAUAACAAUGCAAAUAAAUCAAUUAUCCAAAAUAAGGUAGAUCUGAGUAGUUCAACACUUAACACAAGCACAUUAAGACCCAAAAGUGCAAAUUAAAACUCAGGAUUCAAUCGAUAAAGGAAUAGUACUAUUCAAUAAAAGUUGACUGAGUCAUUUAUUAAGAAUAAUAAAAGUUAGCUCAACAGUAAACCAUAAAACAAUAAUAAUCCAAAGGAGGAUGAUUAUGCGACUCCAAUUAAAGGUAAAUAAACACUGCAUUAAAAAACCUAGCAAAGAAGGUACUCAAAUUAAAAUUCUGUUCUAAGUUCUCAACAAAUUUCUCCAAAUUAUCAGAAUGAUUAUGAUCUAUAGCGUGAAUAAGCUUCCUCAGGCAUUUCUUAUAGAUCUAAUCAAACCUAAGAUUCUCUUAUGAAAAGCUUUAAGUAGCUUAAACCAAAGACAUUCCUAAGAACAAAUCUAGACGAAUACUUGAAUCACGAAGAUGAACACGGUAAAUGCUAUGGAUGUCAGGAAUGCAUUAAAAAUCGCUAGAAAAUCUUGUCAUAUAAGUAUCCUAAAAAGACCACAACUAAUUACAAGGAUUCUUUCAAUAAAUAUGGCCAUCAAAGAAGAGAUGAGCCUUUCAAUUACGAUAAGACAAAGUAAGAAUUCAAGAUUGUAGAUGAGACUUUCAAGGAUUUCAAUACUACUUCGAUGGUUAAUUAUAAGCCCUACACUGUAGAACCUACUGCUAUACCAUAGAACAGACAAACACAGAGAAAUUAAAGAGGCCAAUCUUCUGGAUAAGUGGAUCCAUUUAUCUCUUCUACUACAUAUAAUAUGACGUUUGCUAACUGGGAAGGUGGAAUGGGUUAGCAAAAGCAUAAACCUGAACCAUCAAGGGCUUAAAUGCCGAGAAAGUUUGAUGACAGCACCACUUAUAAAAAUGAUUUCAAUAAUAUAAAUAAGGACAAUAAAUAGUCUUUGAAUGACUCUCUAAAGCGAAACGAAUAUAGAGAUCUUAACAGAAAAGGCACACUUUCACCAUCUAAGAAACUUCCAUUUGAUGGAAAGUCAACAACUCAGAAUACUUUUAACAACAAAUAUAAUCAAAUUGAUAGAAGCAUAAAAUGCACUCCGAUUGACGAAUUAAUGGUUCCACAUGGCAUAAAAAUGCAAUGUGACACUAUUCAAAAGAACGACUAUAAUUAGAAGCCUAUUCUUUAUUGCUCAUUUAAGUAACAAACUAGAGCAAAAUAAAAUCAUUGA